UUCGGUCGGAUAUCUCAUCUGAUUGUCAUUUCUGAUUACCAUACAUAAAGUGCGUGAAAGACGAUUUGUGAAAUAAAAGUUGAUUUUUUUCUGCAGAAGGCAUUAAGAAUUGCAUUUCAAUAAAUAGUGUUUGUGGUCGAGAAUAGUUAUUGUUAUCUAGAAUGUUGAAGUUCCCGAAAGUCGCGAUCAACUUGUGGCUUUAAUCACGAAUGCAUAUUUCGGCGCUGCCAGCAAACAUCAACAAACACUAAUGACGUGGAGGAACAUUUGUUAACAAUAAAUUCGUCAGCAGCUGAAAUCCCGUAUUUUUGUAGGAAUAGUAUUUAAAUUUGUAAUAGAAAAUGUUCGAAAUAAGUGACACACAAAAGAUCGGUGUUGGGUUGGCCGGUUUCGGAGUGGCCUUCCUAUUUCUGGGUGUAUUGCUACUGUUUGACAAAGGGCUGUUAGCUAUCGGAAAUAUUCUCUUCAUCUGUGGACUGGCGUGCGUGAUUGGACUGGAGCGAACCUUCCGGUUCUUUUUCCAGAGACAUAAAGUUAAGGCAUCGAUCGCCUUUUUCGGUGGCAUUAUGAUUGUCCUGCUCGGCUAUCCGUUGAUCGGCAUGCUGAUAGAAACCUACGGCUUUAUAUUACUGUUCAGCGGAUUCUUCCCGGUUGCCAUCAAUUUUUUGCGAAGGGUUCCGGUGUUGGGCCGAUUCCUGAACAUGCCGGGAGUCAGCAAGGUUGUUGACCGGCUGGCAGGAGACUCGAACCGAACAACGGAUGCAUACUAAUGACAAAAUCACAAACGCUCAUUCCAUUCCAGUGCAAGCAUGAAUUGCCAGAUGUAAUUCCGUUAGAGUGUGGUAGAUAGAUUUGGACUCAUUCAGCGGACAUAUGUACUUACGAUUAUGAAUAAAGAAAAAAAAACAACUGUAUGAGCAAGUAAAGGCGAUUUCAUGUUUCAUUUUUCGAUUUAUUUAUCUCAGUUUCGAAAGCUCUCUCGGGCUUUUCGGACUUAAGGUAUUACGUUUCGUACAUUCUGUUAUCUGCUGCAUCACUUUGGUAGUCACUGACUGUCUACAAAUACAUAUGACACGUGUUUUUCCGAACACAACUGCUAAUUUGAUUUGUCACUUAACAAACCGGUCGAACGGUUAGAGAGAGAUAGAAUAAUUAUAACUGUAAAAAAAAAAACGGACCAAGAAAGGAAGGAGCAGUGCAAGGGAGGGCAGUUAUGGAAAGAAACAAAAAACGCAUUAAAAGCAAGGUGUACUGCGCAUCCCGUGUUCGUGUUCGGGAUUUACAGGACCUUUUUGAUUUCGUCGUACAGUACCAGUACGAAAGCACCACCGGUACCACGGAGUACGUUGGAGAAGG